CAGUUCGGCUGUUUCCGACAUUACGUCUCCGGAAAUAGCCGAGUGCGAGCGGAGCUGUCCGGAAGAUCCGGCUCUAACGUCUCAACAUAAACAGCAAUGGCGGAGGCAGCAGCAGCGUCUACAGCGGCUUCACCAGUGACGGGAGGUUGGACCAAACACGUAACCUGCAGAUACUUCAUGCAUGGACUUUGCAAAGAAGGUGAGAACUGUCGAUAUUCCCACGACCUGACCAACAGCAAGCCGGCCGCCAUGAUCUGCAAGUUCUUCCAGAAAGGAAACUGUGCGUUUGGAGACCGUUGCAGGUUUGAACAUUCUAAACCAACAAAACAAGAGGAGCUGCCAACAACUCAGACGCUGACGCUGCCUACCGGCUCGCAGGCCAGUCAGCCCGACCCAGAUCCCAGUGGGCCAACACCCGGUCCAGGGGCACGAGAUUGGGUCAACGCCGCAGAGUUUGUUCCAGGACAACCGUACUGUGGACGGGCUGAGCCGGCAAAGACGCCGAACUCCAUCCCGCUGAUCGAAGAGCUUGACAGCGAAGCGGCGCAGAACAACAAGGAGAUGAAGAAGCAGCUCUGUCCGUACGCAGCCGUGGGAGAGUGUCGCUACGGACUGAACUGCGCCUAUCUUCACGGUGACGUGUGCGACAUGUGCGGCCUGCAAGUGCUACACCCGACUGACGCCAACCAACGCUCAGAGCACACAAAGGCGUGCAUUGAGGCCCACGAGAAGGACAUGGAGAUCUCUUUCGCCAUCCAGCGCAGCAAGGACAUGAUGUGCGGCGUCUGCAUGGAGGUUGUGUUCGAGAAAGCCAAUCCCAGCGAGCGACGUUUCGGAAUCCUGUCCAACUGCAACCACUGUUACUGUUUAAAGUGCAUCCGCAAGUGGAGGAGCGCGAAGCAAUUCGAGAGCAAAAUUAUCAAGUCGUGUCCAGAAUGUCGAAUCACAUCCAACUUUGUCAUCCCGAGCGAGUACUGGGUUGAAGAUAAGGAGGACAAACAGAAACUUAUCCAGAAAUACAAGGACGGCAUGGGGACUAAACCCUGUCGAUACUUUGACGAGGGACGUGGAACGUGUCCUUUUGGCUCCAACUGCUUCUACAAACACGCAUUUCCUGACGGUCGGCUGGAAGAACCGCAACCGCAGCGACGGCAGAACGGAUCUAACAGCAGGAGCCGGAACUCCCGGCGGCUGCCCCUGUGGGAGAUCUUCGACGAGCGGGAGAGCCGCGACUCCUUCGACGACGACGACGACAUGGUGGCGUUCAACCUCAGCGAGAUGCUGCUGAUGCUGCUGGCUGCCGAGACCGACGACGAGGUGACGGACUCGGAGGACGAGUGGGACUUGUUUCACGAAGAGGUGGACGAUUUCUACGAUAUUUAUCUAUAGCAGCUCUGCUCACUCCCUCCCUGAACCCACCUCCCACCAUAUAUACUCGACACUAGAAUGGACCGUCUUGUGCAAGUGAUGGGCAGUAGCUCCCCUCCCUCCCCCCCGUAUUGUGGCAGUGCCUUGACGCAGGCCAUUAAUAAAUGUAAAAUUACUCACACACACACACACACGCUGGUGCGCUCGUGCUAAACAUUUUCUAUCCCUGUGAGUUUUACCUUUGUGCGGUUCUUGUUUAAAAGAUGAAAAACCUCCACAAAAAAGGAACUCGAUAAAAGAUUUACUAAAAGUUUAUUCAAAUACUGUUAAUAAACAUUGUCAAGUUUAUUCGUGGGUGUGGGUUUGACUCGUUCAUCAUCCAGGUUUGUAAAUACUAAGACUCUCGAGGACGACCUGCUGCGCGGUUGUAAGAUUUUACCUUCGACACUUUGGGUUUUGGAACGUCGGAAUUUUUUUUUUCUCCAUUAAAGCUGCUUAUGAAGUAUUUGUUGUUGUGCUGAUGUAUAAUACAUUUACCAAAAUAUUGUCCACACUGUACUGCAACCUUAUUAUUUUCAUGCCUUUUGUGUUAUUCAUAUUUGAGUCACCAAGCAGCUGGGGUUGUGAUUAAUGUAGAUCACUUUGAAGUGAGCAAUUUAAUCUGACAUAAAUGUCAAAUUAAAAGAAGAUACUGUUACAACUUGCAUCAUCAAAUCUAUUUAAUGGAAGCUAAAAUUAUAUGAAGCACUUAAAAUGGUAUGAAAUGGUUUUGAAUGAUGAAAAAUGAUUCAGAUGAAGAUAAAAUUGUUGCCACUGUUACUAUUUGGCGGCAAAUAAAAAUGGUGGUUCACAACUAGAUUAUUGGUUUAGUGUUUCACUUGCUUAAUAGUCGUCACUGUGCCUUGCUUAAUUAUUAGUGAACGUUAAACUGUAAAUAUUUUUAAUAUUCUACCACGUUUACAAACAAUUCUUUACUGUUUAAACCUGCUUGGUGACUGAAAUAUCACUGUUUUCUUUUGACGUACCACAAGAAAAAUUGGGACAAAUGAACUCUCAUAUUUAAUGUAUUCUUUAAAUUAUCAUAUUUUGUUUAUUAGAAGUAGCAUUUUGUUUAUAAGCUGUUACGGCAAAUUCAUUCCGGAACUCCAAAAAGUGCUACGUCCUCAUAGUUUCAAAGCUAAGUCAUGUGGUUUUGAGAGCGAAGUAAACAGACCAGAAGGUGAAAGGUCACCGUGGUUCCGACUGCUGAUGCCUGUUAAACUCUACUGGAUCACAUAUGUUUAUAAGGAAAUGUGUGUUUUCUAUGUUCCACAGCCGUCCAUCCUAACUUGAAAUUAAAGUUUAUUAUCAACCUGAAACUCAAACUUGUGGAU